AUGCGUCGCGUCUUCGCGCGCGCCAUCUCGCGGGAGCACGGGCUGGCAGACCCCGGGCGAAGUCUAAGGAAGGAGGUCGCGUGGUCGGCGGGGACGCAUGUUCAGGAAAGCCUGUUUGCAGUAUUUUUCUCCGUGAUUUGCGUCAUCACGAUGACCCAUUUGAUCGGCUUGAUCAUCACCAGCAUGAUCAGGCUACAAGACGGCAAGCGGGAGGUGACCGCGCAGGAGGCGGACAUGCGUGAGUACCUCCGCCAACACGAGGUCAGUUACGACCUCCAGGACCGCAUCUGGCAGGUCUUGCGGGAAGUGCAGGGCGACGCCCAUCGGACGAAGGAGGAAAACGUCGACCUCAUCAAGCAGCUGCCCAACAGCCUGGAGAUCGAGCUCCGUGCCGAG